CCAGAUUAAAUGGCACAUUCUACUUUGUGUCCUUAGUUUGGCCCAGGGGCCAGACUGAGCUUACAAACACAGAUCACAGAACUGGUCUUGCCCUUCAUGUCUAGACUCACACCCAGACUUUGCUUCAGUACCUGAGACUAGAUCCAGACAGUUUCAUUGGUGUGCUGAGGAUCAGAGCUUUAACAGGCCUGAUUGGGAGCACAGGAGCGAUCCCAGCCCUGAAGGGUGCUGCUGCCCCAGGUACUCUCUCGUAAGCUCAUGGUGCUGGUGGGGGAAGCUCAGGUCCCGACUCCACCUGGCUUUCCUGGGUUCUGCCAUCACUGAUGCCAGCUCCUGUUGUCUUUGAGGUAUCCAAGUCCUUGCAAAGGCAGCCUGUGCUAGUCCAAAACUUCUCUGAGCUGGGUACAGUGAGCUGUGGCCAUGUGGCUUAAUUACUUCCAAAUCCAUCCUAUCCUGACAGAGCCUCAUCUAAGGGGGUGUGUGUGACCCUGUGCCAGAGGGAUUUGCCUUCCAGAAAAGGACAAUGAGAGCUGCAGGUCAGAUUCUGCUGUGGGAAUUCAGCAGAACUCUCUUAGUACAACUCAUCUCUAUGCAGCCAGUCUGGACUUGCACGGAAAACAAGCAUGUGAAAUCCUGGGAGUAAACCAGGACCUGUAAGUCUCACCCAGCAGGCCAGUCAUGUAGCUGCAAAGGAUGCAAAUAAACUCUGCUGUGUAAUUAGCACCCUUCGUAUGCCAGGGCAGUCAUUCCUAACCCCCACAAGCAACCAGGAGCCAGGUUUGCCUGCAUGGUGCUCAAUUCCAAACACCAUCCCCAGGUGUAAAGCUGUGCCCCUUCCCUCAAAUCAGGAUCACAUCAUGAUGGUUUGCCCCAUAUGGGAGGAGCUGGCUUGUGAUAUGAGAGAUCAGUUAUGCUGCAAGGACAAACAUCCUCUUCUAAAACCCACAGCCAGUGCUGAUAGGAAUGUUUGCUGGUAAAUACCUGCAGCAUGCUAAGCUAAAUCAGUCUGACUUUAUUACAUUAAAAAAUGAAAUGUCUACGCAGCAUUUUUCCUGGUGAGACUCUGAACUGCCACUAAGGACUCUGUGAUGGUGGAGUACGUUCCAUGACAAAUUGGCCCUGGUAUCCUGAUUUUUGCAUUAUUCGGACAAAGCACUCCUAGUAUGGGCUGAAGCACAGUCUUGAUCAUAAGGGGAUGACUCUUCCCUUGAGCCUUGCUGCUCGUACCAAAAAACAGACACAGCUCUUGGAAGGAGGCUGUGUAACUUCAGGGGCUGGAGUGAUUGUCUUGGCAUGACAUUUGAUGGGUGUCACAGUGACAGUGAAUUGCUGGAGCAGUUCUUUUUCUAAGAUGAGAGUGGGAAAGCUCUUUCUCUGUGGUGGUCUUGAUGGCCUAAAGGGCCAUUGGGAAAUGACACCAAGGGGAUCCAAACCCGAGAGGUGCUUCUCAUUUUUAGAGAUGCAGAGCAGGCGGCAGGUGGGUAAGCAGAGCUGGCCUCCAGGUGAGGCUGGAAGCAGCGUGCUGGCUGUAGGCAGGGGCAUCUCUGCAGUGGGGCAGCCCUGGGGUUUGCAGGCAUACUGACACUCCAAGCAGCACUGCAGCCUUCACAGGAGUCAGCAUCUAAGCCAGACUUUAAAAACAGCCUCGUCUUGUGCUGUUGCAUAAGAGUGAGAUGGAAAUCUCACCGUGUUUAUACAGACUGAAAUGAUAGGACUCUGCUUGAGCAAAUGCUUGCAAUGAAAGCUUCAGCUGGCUAUGGAGCUUCGCUUCCAGGAGCAGAAGAAAACCACUUAGCCAUUUAAUCCUUUGAAGACUUCAAUCACCCUGAUAAGAUGCAGACAGGGCAGGACAAGGGAGAUGGCUUUCAUGUGCCCCUGCAAGAUUGUCACCUCCUCAGGCAGGCUGCGUCCCACCACCCCGGAGAGUCACACAGGCCAGCGUGGCUCCUGAGCCUGCCCACUGCCCUUUCCCCGGCUGUGACACACUCCCUCGAUUUAAACCCUUAAUCCUGGGAAGGUUGUGCAAUAGCUCCUUCAGGCUGAGAACGGAUUAUGCCCGUUUCAAAGGUAUUUGGCACUCUGGCUGCACCGGGAGAGCCCCUUCAACCGGCCCAACCUCUCCUGCAAGAGCACCUGCAGGCAAUUCUUGCAGCUGGUGCCUAGCAACUUGCUCUGAGCUGCUCUCACAGCUAAAAUUCAAUGCUGUUUCCGCCCUCUUCCCCAGAGGAGCAGCUCCUGGGUCAACAUCAGGGAAGAAUGAGACGUUUCCCACUCAGCUUGCUAAGAAUUAGUGGUAUGGGAGGGGUUGCUUUCUCUCUCUGGAGCAAGUGUCCUGCAGCCAGCUAAAAAGGCGUCUCCUCUCAGCAAGUGGGAUAGGUUCAGGCGAUUAAGUAAAAUGUUUUUCCCCACUCCUUCCCAAUUUGUUUUCUGCUCCCAAAUACCUCUGCUUUCUUGGAGUUCUCUGCAGAAGAACCAGGCUUGGAUUCAUGCAGUAUCUCACCUUGGCUUUGCUUGGGUGACCCCAGGAUAUGCGAACAUAGACAGGUAGAUACAAGCCCGGGGCUGUGCUGAGCACUCUCUAAGGACGCGCAGCAACUUUUAGAUCACCUGUGUGACAAAGGAAGGCAGCCCUGAAUCUGAGAGAGAUGCCCUUGGGAAAUGGUGAGCACCAGAAAAAAAAAAUUAAACAGGAAACGAAGAUUGCCUGUUUACGGGGCUGAGAUCUUUGCCAAGGUGGAAAGGCAAACAUCAACCAGCCUGGGCAGGACCGAGCAGCGUGUUCCUGCGUGUGGGCAGGGCACAGGAAUGAGUGCUGGGAAGAGGGAGAAAACGGGAGGAUCCAGCUGCAGUGGGCAGGGGCUCGGGGCGCAGCACAUCCUCCAGCGCCUGCUGGCACUGAGCAGAGGGAGGAGCGCUCCAGCUGGAAGAGGUGGGAAGCUGUGAGUAGAUGAAGUUCAUGAGUAGUAGGGCUGUAGUACGGUAGCCUGUGUGCUUUUCAGAGAAAAGCAAGACGAGGUGCCUUGUAUGGCAUUUCCAAGCUCUGGUAGGGCACGUAUCUGCCUCUGGGAACAAGCCUGAGAUCCAGACGCAUUUCCCAUGGGAGUCUGUUAGGACAUCUCAGACUUGCCUUAGUGACACAGCUCCCUUGGUGUCUGGUGGGAGGGCAGCUGACCACUGCCUGCCCUGGCUGUUCCCAGUGCUAGCGCUGGCUCACCACUGUAGAGCUGACCUCCUCUUGCCUCCUCAGUUUUAUUCCUCGGGAAGCUCUGUGUGGUCCUAGCAACUGUAGCCAGAGGGUUGGAGGUGCCUUAUUGCUGUGGACAGGGUGGGUUUCAGAAGAUCCACCUUUCUCUCACAGCUGUCUGUCCUCAGCUCCUGACUGCCCGCAGCACUUCACAGUCUGGAAGGAGGAGUGGGAAUCACCUGGUCACUAGUUUGAACUCAACAGCCUGAAGCAAAUGAGGAGAGAGGUUGGUAAGCGCAGAAGCACCAAUGGAGAUGUCUCCAGCUCAUCCCAGGACCCUCAGCCCUCCAAAGUGGGAUAUGGCUCUGCCCUCCAGCUCAGGAGUGGUUCUCAGCGUGCUUCAGGUAAGCUUUAUGAAGAAGAAGAGGACGAUGCCCUGCCAGACUCAGAUGCCCUGCCAGACUCAGAUGACGAGGUGGAACUGGAUAAGCCACGCCCCAUACAGAUUGUCCUUGCUCAUGAAGAUGACCAUAACUUUGAAUUAGAUGAAUCAGCAUUGGAAAAAAUCUUGCUUCAGGAACAUAUUAAAGAUCUUAACAUAGUAGUUGUGUCUGUAGCAGGAGCUUUCCGCAAAGGAAAAUCUUUUCUGCUGGACUUCAUGCUUAGAUACAUGUAUAACAGGACUUCUCCUUGCUGGAUAGGUGGAAACACGGAGCCAUUGACCGGGUUUACAUGGAGAGGUGGAUGUGAACGGGAAACUACUGGCAUUCAAGUUUGGAGUGAAGUGUUUGUAAUUGAUAAACCUAAUGGAACAAAGGUUGCUGUACUACUCAUGGAUACCCAAGGUGCCUUUGAUAGCCAAUCCACUAUCAAAGACUGUGCAACGGUUUUUGCCCUGAGCACCAUGACGAGCUCUGUCCAGGUAUAUAACUUGUCUCAGAAUAUUCAGGAAGAUGACCUUCAACAUUUGCAGUUGUUUACAGAAUAUGGAAGACUAGCUAUGGAAGAAAUUUACCAAAAGCCGUUUCAGACAUUAAUGUUCUUAAUUAGAGAUUGGAGUUAUCCUUAUGAACAUGCAUAUGGCUUGGAAGGAGGAAAAAAGUUCCUAGAGAAAAGAUUGCAGGUAAAGCAAAACCAACAUGAAGAGCUACAGAAUGUAAGGAAGCAUAUUCACUCCUGUUUCAGUAAUCUUGGGUGUUUCCUGUUGCCCCACCCUGGUCUUAAAGUUGCAACAAAUCCAAAUUUUGAUGGGAGAUUGAAUGAUAUAGAUGAGGAUUUUAAGAAUGAACUGCGGAAUUUGGUACCGUUACUGCUUGCCCCUGAAAACUUGGUAGAAAAAGAGAUUAGUGGAUCCAAGGUGACCUGUAGAGAUCUUGUAGAAUACUUCAAGGCUUACAUUAAAAUCUAUCAAGGAGAGGAGCUACCUCAUCCGAAAUCUAUGCUGCAGGCAACAGCUGAGGCGAACAAUCUUGCUGCUGUGGCAGGAGCAAAGGACUUAUACAGCAAAGGCAUGGAGCAGGUGUGUGGGGGAGAUAAGCCUUACAUUGCCCCGUCGGACCUGGAGCAGAAGCACCAGGAUUUCCGAGAGAGCGCCAUCCGGCAGUUCCGCUCCGUGAAGAAGAUGGGAGGGGAGGAGUUCUGCCGGCGCUACCAGGAGCAACUCGAAGUGGAAAUCGACGAGAUCUAUGCAAACUUUGUGAAGCACAACGACGGCAAAAACAUCUUUUAUGCUGCUCGUACCCCCGCCACUCUAUUUGCAGUCAUGUUUGCCAUGUACAUAAUCUCAGGACUGACUGGGUUCCUUGGCAUGAACUCCAUAGCUGCCCUGUGUAAUCUCGUGCUGGGGAUGGCUCUUAUAUCGUUUUGUACUUGGGCAUACGUUAAGUACUCUGGGGAAUUCAGAGAAGUUGGAACAGCCAUUGAUCAGAUCGCUGAAGCUAUAUGGGAACAGGUGUUUUCCAAACUCUUUGAAGUCCUUAGACGCCGAACGGUUCGUCGUGCUCUCACAUCAGUGCCGCGACAGCGACUCUCAUCCAACAAUAACAAGAAGAAAAACUAGCCAGUAUUUUUAACUUUCUUUCUGUAUCUGAAGUGUUCACACUUACACAUAUAGGACAAUAAGCUGGACCGUCUGGGCCGGUCUGCAUAAAUGCUGUAACCAUACCAGACUGAUGCUGCAUAUGGGGUAUGGAAUUGCACAUCCAUCUUCUAGGAACUGUAAAGUGGUUUGAAUUCAGUGAAAUACUGCUGUGUAGGAGGGGUAUCACUUGUGUCCAUAGCAUGUGACUGCUUUAACCUCAUUACUCUAGCAGCAAAAUUCAUUUCUCUUUCAGUUCAUGCCACUUUGUGUCAGACUUCAUCAUUCUAAGUUUUUUUCAUGAUUUCAAGUCUCAUCUCUUUAUAUGAUUUUAUAUCUUAUUUUCCUUGGUUACCUCAUUUUCUUGUUUCUUUUGCACAUUUCUCAUUCCACAGGUGUUGAAGCCCAUGAGUGAUAAUUUGAUGGAGGAUCAUAUGAGGCAGUCUGUAAAAAACUCUAUCAAAGCAGGCCUGACCGAGCAGGUGGCUCACCAUGCCAGACUAAAGACAGACUGACAGUUCGUCUCCUCUUCAACUCUGCCCUCUCAUCCUAGACAUGCUUGCUGUACCAUGAGAACUCAAUAAUAAAAAAAAAAAUAAAUAAAAAUAAACCAAAGUUUACAAUCAACUGUAGAAGUAGUUUAGUGUGAUUGGCUUCACAGAUUGCUGCCAUCACCGGGGAAGAGAUAAGUUUGUCAGUGCUCAGCUUCUCAGACAAACUGGUGCCAUGGAGCCCGCUGGGGUGGGAGGGAGUGGCUCAGUUUUACACAGUCCUGGUGCCCCCUGGUGUUUGGGGGAGGGAGGGGGAGCUUCCCCAGCGUUGUGAGUCCGUGCAGGCUCUGGCUUACGAGGGAAACCUGUCCCCUGCAGGAGCUGACUUCAGGGAAGUGUCAUGAUCAGCCCACACCAGCUGUGCUCUCACCCAGUGUCCCCAGCUCGGCACCACCCUCGCCAGCUCCAGCGGGUGUUUGUGUGUGCUGGAGCCAUCGGAGCAGCCACUCCAUUACAACGCGUCUCUUGCUUUCUUGCCUUUUACCAGUGUUACACAGGUGCAUGUGCUGGUUCCUCACGCAGAACUGGGGUGUCAGGGAGGCAGUGGCUCAGCACAGAGGGUGUCUUGCCUUGAACUCGCAGACCUGGUCCCGAGGGAGGUGCAUAUCGGAACUGAGCUGUCUUUUUCUGCAGUUUAGCCUUCAUGUAUAUAAUAUUGCCAUUAAUUCUACUGGGGAAGAAAUUCCAUCCAAAAAUGUUGCCUACAGCUACCAAGCAAUGAGUUAGGAUUGUCUGUACAGUGUGUUUAGUUUUUAUUUUUUAAGAAAUCACAGAUAGGGCAUGUAUAUGAAAUAUAAAUAUAUAAAUACGAUUUUGUAUCAAAGUUUUGUAGUUUAUGGCAAAACCUGGUUCUGUGGUAGCUAAGUGCAGUUCCUGUAAAGGAAUGUUUGUGGCUCAUGUAAAUGUGUGAAUGCAUCAACAAUUUGAAGUUUUUUGAUAUAUUUGUGAUAUUUACCUGCCUUGAGCACUGCAAUCUCUCACCCCCUUGGGAAAAUCAAUGGGAAUGUUUGUUGUGAAACUCUUGUCUUCUGUUGCAUUUUAAAGUUAUUUCCUGUAAUUUAUUUUCAGUACAUGAUUAAAAUCAGUUGUGUAUAUAUGAAAUGAAAUCCGUGCUUAUUUUUAAAAGAUGUUCAAGUAUUGUAUUCUACUACAUAAACUAUGUCAAAUACUUAUCCUCACAAUUAUAUGAACAGAUUUGUUCUAUUGUACUUCAUAGCUUUCUAUUGAAGCCGAUGUUCCUGUCAUGCUUGUCUCUGGAAGGUGACCUCUGUCCAGCUCAUACCCCCUCCCUGUAUAGGAAAACCUCCUGCUGUUCUUAAGCACGCUUUUGACUUGUGGAGUUGCUUGUCAAAUUCUGCCCUCCAACAAUUGUAUCACUCUGAAAUCUUGUUACUGGCUUUACUUUCAUUCUUGGCUAAAUCAGUAUCAACUGUGUGGAGUGUUAAGGCAGCUAAAUAAUUAACUGCUGUAGUUUCAGCUGGAAAUGGCUGUGUGCAAUAGCUGGGUUUUUUGCAUUCCUAAAUGGUAACAAUUUUCAUCAACAUUUGAGCUUUAACAUCUCCCCUCUCUCGAGUGAGGGAAAUCAUCUGUCUAGGACUAAAGCAAUUGCACUGUGACUUUUGCACGGCAAAGAACUGCUGGGGAGUGGUGGUUACCUGCCCUCUGCAGGUGAGGGCUCAGCUCCAGGGGAAUGAUGCUAAAGAUGAGGUAGGAAUGUCGCAUUUUAUGAUCUCUCAACCUGUACAGAUUAAAUACUGUUAUUCAAACAA